AUGCAUAUUCACCAGACCAUACCUGUGAAUAUUGUGGAUCCUGUGACAGCAGCACCGUCGCCACUAGUGAAGCACAUUGAGGACCGUACGCUGUACGCGUACCGCAACAUGGGAUUCGCGCUCACGCACUACCAUCCCGCUUUAAGUGGUGUGAGCUGCCACCCGCUUGUCAUUGAAAACAUGAAUCAGCUACGCGUCUAUCACAGAAAGGAGUACAUGUACCACGUGUUACUGCGUCGCACGUACAAUGUGAAGACGUUUCAGACAACAUUGGGCAUUAUGGCAGACCCUCAAGAGCCAUUUAACGAACUGGAUCAGUUAAUCGACGCGAGGCAGUUUGAAUACCGUCACACGGGAGCCGAUCAGGAUAUCAUCAAGGAUUACUGCAGACAUAUUGGUGUUCCCUUUGCCCCUGCAACACAUAUGCGAUUUGAUGCAUUGGCUGUGAGCCCUCACGCAUCGGCCUUCAUCGCCUCAUGUGACAAACUAACAGAGGAAUUUGUGUUAAACUUUGUGCGAACGGCACACUACACAUAUUACCUACAUCAUCGCACCGCCAAUCCGCGCUACCUAGAGGCAUGGGGAAGGAUCUAUGGGCCUCCCAAGAUGAAUUCGGCACGGCCAGUCCUGUUGUACAUUGGCGUUGGACCGCAGGAGUUUCCAGAGGACCCCAUGGACGAAAAGACGCGGCGUUCGCUGAGCUCGUUAGUGACGCAGGCGACGUGUCGCGUGGAGGGACCGCCAGCAGAGCUGUUGCAGGAGUGCAUGCCUGCAACGGCGGUACAAAUUGCUCGACGGCACGGCGUGCGCGUGCUACAGCGGUGGAAGAUGCGCUACUUCAUGGUGCGGCACUGA